AUGUCACAUGAUGAUACAAGAUAUGAAAAUUACGUCCAAGAUAGUAGUGUUGCAGCAUAUGUCGUGAAUUUUUCAAACACAGAUGAGAUGAACAAGUUUUGGCAAAUGGCAUUAGAGAAGGAGAAAGGUGGAAAAGCAGCAGUCAAUCAAGAAGAAAAUGAUGAUGAAAAUGCUUCAAGAAUGCCUCAGAAUGUAACUGCAGAGACAAGUACAGAAAACGCAGCAUCUGCUGAUACUGAUGCAGCAAUAAGGGCUCAUGAUCUGAAGGGCAAGCGAAAAGCUGACAGUCAAGAAAAUGGAAACAUCGAAAAGAAACGAAGGGUUAUUUGGACUCCAAAGAUGCAUAAAAACUUCUUGCAAGCCAUUCAGCAGUUAGGCCAUGAAAAGGCUGUUCCUAAGAAAAUAGUUGAAAUUAUGAAUGAGCCUGGAUUGACUAGAGAACAUGUUGCCAGUCAUUUGCAGAAAUAUCGCAUGUCCCUUAAAAGAGCUCAAGAAAGUUCAGGUGCUUCCAUCUAUGACCAAAUCCCAUCACAUGAUGCUAAAGAAAAAUGCUUUCAAGUUCCACCAUACCUAUCUUCUCUAAAUUUCAGUGCUUCGCAAAGAUAUUCUCAUUCUAUACAACAGCCAUAUCAGACACAGUUCCAGCAAGGAACUGGUGGCAUGAACUUUCCAACUUCUGGCCAAAUGGGCAGUUUCCAGCAGCAGAACAGUCUAUUGGAUUUUGCAAAUUCGCAACAAGCAGAUCAUAGUGGCCUAAUUGGACAGCAUUCAACAUUUUUGCCAAGAAAAGCUCAUGGUAGUAACUUCAGGGUGUAUGGUGACAUGAGAAAGAACAUACUUUUCAGCAUCCAAAGUGGAAGGAUAGGAGGAAAUACAAACCACACAAACUCAAAUUGUGGUUUGGAUUUUAUUGGUUUUAGAUUGAGCAAUGAUGGGAAAUCUGUCAACUUUGGUCACAAAGGUUCAUCUUGUGCUGUAAUCCCAAAUAACGCAUAUUCUGGAUUAUGUUACUCAAUUUCGGAGGACUACGUUCCCAAGCAGCAAUAUUCACCACCAUUCCUGGAAACCCCUAUUGAAAAUAACUUAACUAAGUGCUCUUCAGUUCCACCUGAAAAUCUCACAUUCAAUCAUACUUGUAACAACAUUUCAGAACAACAGCGUCUUCUACUAUUCGAUAAUGCAGCGAAUAAAUUAUUAUGUCAAAGCACAGAAAUGCCUGGCAGCUUCAUAAACCAGGAACAGCUUUCAGCACAGCAUCUUGAGAACUAUUCUGCAAUACUUUUUGGUGAUGAAGUAUCUGUGCCACCACUUGAGAAUUAUGGGAAUUAUGAUUCUAGACAGCAACAAUAUUCUGUACCAGAGUUACCACAAGUAAUGCUUGAAGUCAAUAGCUUAGGUACUGAAAUAGACAUUAAGUCUCUGCUGGAAACAACAGAAGACAGAAGUUCUCAACUAUUUUGGGAGGAGAAUGAACUUCUUUAA